GCAGCGAGUCAAAGAGAAAGGCAAUAAAGGGAGGCAGGAGCUGCACUUUGCCGACGAGCGUCUCUGCCGUCCUGCUUCACCACAGUGAUCACUGCCCCCUGAUCUGCGAAAAAAAAUACACAGGGACCCCUCUGACAAAAAGAAAAGAGAGGCACAGAGUUAAUCCAUGUAACUCCGCUCAGUCAGAAAACUGCGCCGUCCACCUGGAUAAGUCCAUCUCGACAAGAGGAGAGCUAAAGAGAGAAAAACAGACAAGAGUCCAGUGGAGUGUUGCCGUGAAAAUUGUGAAAGGAGAAAGAGAGAAAAAAGAGAAGAAUAUGAUUGUCAAGCAGCACUUGAUCUUCAUCCUUUACAGCCUCUGUGCAAACGUCUUUAAAGUGGCUGGGACAAAAAGCAAAGCGAAAGGUAGCCAGGGUCAGUUCCCCAUAACUCAGAAUGUGACGGUGGUGGAGGGGGGCACAGCCAACAUGACCUGUCGUGUGGAUUACAAUGAUAACACUUCCCUCCAGUGGUCAAACCCUGCACAACAGACUCUGUUCUUUGGGGACAAGAAAGCUCUGAGGGAUCACAGAAUCGAGCUGGUGCGAGCCUCAUCACAGGAGCUCACCAUUAGAAUCAGUGACGUCAGCCUGUCAGACGAGGGCCAGUACACCUGCUCGCUCUUCACCAUGCCUGUCAAGACCACCAAGGCCUUUCUCACUGUUCUGGGAGUCCCAGCACGGCCAGAGAUUACAGGAUUUACCAAACCAGCCAAGGAGAGGGACGUAAUCACCCUGACGUGCACCACAUCAGGCAGCAAACCAGCUGCCCAUAUUCGAUGGUUCCGAAAUGACAAAGAGGUCCAAGGCACGAGGGAGGUGAAUGCUACAGGAAAGUCAUUCACAGUAAGGAGCAGCCUCAAGUUCGAGGUGGACAAACAGGACGACGGCGUCGCCUACACCUGCAGCGUGGAACAUGUGUCUCUGUCUGACCCCUACUUGACGACCGAGGUCCUGGAGGUCCACUAUGCUCCCCAGCUGGAGAUCAGACACUCGAUGAUAAUUCCACAGGAAGGGCUAUACUUCAAGUUGGAGUGUGUUUCCAACGGCAACCCGAUACCAGAACCGGUGCUGUGGUCUAAAGAUGGAGGAGAACUUCCAGACAUCGAGCGUAUGAUUGUGGAGGGCAGGGAACUUACCAUCACCACACUCAACAAAACGGACAAUGGCACAUACCGCUGCGAGGCCAGCAACCAUCUGGGGACGAGCAGUGCUGAAUAUACACUGUUUGUUUAUGCCAAAGACUUUCCAGGGCCUACAACAGAUCCUAAUGCUUUAGGACAGCACGGACCUGACCACGCUUUAAUCGGUGGCGUUGUUGCAGUCGUGGUCUUCAUCACCUUGUGUUUGAUAAUAGUUCUUGGACGAUAUCUGGCCAGACAUAAAGGGACAUAUCUGACACAUGAGGCCAAAGGAGCAGAAGAUGCCCCCGACGCCGACACAGCUAUCAUCAACGCUGAGGGAAACCAUGUGCAUGCAGAGGAAAAGAAAGAGUACUUCAUUUAGACUUCUUUUGCUCUUCUCCUUCGCCUCAUGACAACUUUCAACAGCAGACAUGCAAUUUUUAAGCUGCCUCAGUGUCGCUACAUGAUCUGUUUGCUUUUACUUAUUAUUUUUUUGUCUUUUCCAGAAAGCUUGGAUACGCUUGUUUUCAAAGCAUUUGCUGACAGAAUAGCGUUCUUCUUCUAAUCGAUAUAAACCAUGUACAAUUGGAUUACUUCCAUUUCAGUUUUACAGUGCCUAAAUGCUGUACAUUUUCUGCAUUUCUUCCAUUGCCCAUUUUGUUCUCUACUCUUUUUUUUAAAUUUGCUAGCCAACUUUUUGCAGAUUUUUUCCUUUUUUAAUUCAGAAGCAGCAACAAUUGUGCUCCAACCUAAAUUAGAAUCAAACAGUUUUGCUUUAGGAGCAGAAUAUGUUAAAUACAUCAAUUUAUCAGACAUUAACAUCAGAGGAAUCUUUUCGUGUUUAGUCUUUUUAGGGAUUAAACGAUUGUCUUGGAUGUUGCCUAGAGUUUACCCCACUGCAGCCAUACUACACAUGUUAACACAUCCUUCAACAGACCAGACACUUUGACAAAACAAAAUAUGGAAGCACAAUCUAUGUGAUUGUCUCUAGAUGAAAUCAUCUCCCUCACAGCACUGUCUGUAUAUUCCUGCACUGGUUUAUUUUCCUUUUUUUUUUUUUUUUUUGCUCGUGCUGUUGAUUUGUACCAACAGAGAACAAGUUAGAAAAUUAAAGCACAAAGUCUGAGGACUAACACAGAGGGAAAACACAUCAACUGUUUCUUGUCUCAGGAUUCAAUAUGAGGCUAGAUGGAGAGAUGGUGUCAGACACGAGAGGAAGAUUUCAGUUCACUCGCAGUUAUCGUCAUGGAUGAGGAACUUUAAUUUUGGUUGGCUAUUUGACGUAAGAUCCAAACUGAAUGAGUGGAACCUUGCGGCGGUUCAUUAUUUAUGUUGAAUUUUAUUGAACAACUAUGCUCAAUGUGUGGAUAUUGCUGUAAAAUACUUUGCUAACGUGAAUAUUGGUGAACAAUAUUGUUGAAUCUUGGGAUCCCUGACACAUUACAAUUUGUAUAUUAGCAUAUACAGUAUUUAAAGUAUUCCACAAGUCUUUUUUUUUUCUCCAUUUAUCUUACAAGCGUUUGUUUUGCCAAAAGGCGUGUAAAUAAUAUGUAAGUAUUCAAUUUUAGUAAAAUGAAGAAAACCACUGGUUCUAGCUUUUAAUUUCAGGUCAUAUCAGUUCCCGUCACUUUAAUGAGAGCGUUUUCACACUUUUGAAGAUUUCUUCAAACAGGGAUUCUAAUGAAUUGCUUAAAAUGUUUUAAAAAAAAUCUGGUCAAAAUAUAUGUAUUUAUUAUUAUGACUGAUUGACAUUUAUUAUAUGAUACUAUAUUGAUUGAUAUUAUUGCUGUUAUUACUAAAGUAGUUGUCUGACAUUAACUUUUCCAUUUUUUAAUUUUGUAACUUAUCAUCAGAAAAAAAAAACAGUACAAGAUCACCGUUAUGGCCUUUGAGUUUGCUGCAAACAUUACUAAUGACAUGUUGAGGCAUUGGUGAAUCAGACAUCCCUUCACUGUAUAGAAUCACUGUAUCAAAGACCUUGAACCACGUUGCCAAUGCUCAUACAUGUUAUUUUGUUAGUUCAAUAUGAUGCUAUAAAUAACUCAUUUUGUACAAAGAUUGAAUCGCUGUAAUUAAUUUGCUUUUUAUGGGGGAUGUGUGAGGUUUGCUUUUUUUCUCAGUAUUGAAUAUUCAUUUUUCAACUAUGCCACUGUAAAAAAAAAAAAGAACGAAAAAAGAAAGACAAAGUGCGGAUUAAAAUAUGAACAACUUGGAAACUGC